CACACCGCCGCUCCCGUCGAGCCGCUUAUUUAGGUAUAUUGUUGUUUAUUUUAUUCGGCGCUAUGCUCCGACACGGCGAGCCUUUCGACUCAGUUUUAACGCGCACGUUUUAUGAAACGACAACUAUGCGUCGAUGUGCGCUCGCCACGAAUAAUUAUUAAUAUCGGCACGACCGAAAUAACGACGCGGUAAACAAAUUCGCGAUUUUUAUUGGUUAACACUUUGUUGAAUAGAACGUGAGGUUUUAUUUAUGUUUUUUUUUAUAACCUAUUCGCAUUGUCGCUGGCCGGUGCCGGUUGUCUCCGCGAAUUUUAAUAGCCGCUAAUCAUAGUUUAUUUUUGCGCGCAACGUGUGUUUAAUAAAUGUGCUCGGACUUUUUUGGACUUUAUUUGGUUUUUACUACACGGAAGUGAUUAUAAAAAUUAUAAAUUAGCUGUCAUAAAUUCGCGAAAUAAAAAAAAGUCAUUUUUAUGAGAACCGGUUCUAUUUUUGAACAUUAGCGCGAGCGGCGCGAGUUUUUAAACUUUUAAAUUUCGAAUGUCAGUUUUGGCGGGAAGGCAAGAAGUAGGUUAUACAGAAAGUUUGGAAAAGUGUUGAGCACACAUCGGAUGCUCGCUAGUGUUUUUUCAACGCGUUUUCGAGGCUAAGCGCUAGUUGUUUGAACAAGUGUGUUUUCUAAUGGAUUUAUUUUGAGAUUGUAUUCAAAACAUUCGCCGGGCUCCGACGGUGGCGCAUUCGGAGCACGAGUGCAGCCCGGCGUGCCACAAGGCAGUGUGCUGGGGCCGGUAUUAUAUGUGAAGUGCUGGACUGAUUGUGCUGGAUGUGUCUCCAGAAGGAUGACAGUGGUGACAUAGAUGCCGAUGUGACGAGACCAAUGGUGCAGCUACCUUUACUGGUGGGUCCCGAGCCGGCACUGAACUCGACACCGGGCGCCGCGAAGCCGCCGCUACUAAACUCUUUCGAGCUGGACCGCUGUUUGGACAGAGAGGAGUCCGGCAGGUGGGGCGGCGAAGCGGCGCGGCGGCGUCGGCGCAGCUCGCCCCCGCGCCGCGCCUCGCCCCCCAGAGACCAUGAGCCUCUCGCUCUUGCACGGGCAUCAGCCCCAGCCUCCCCAACCGCUGGUUCAGCACACUCUUCACCAGCACCCGUGUCUCCAGCCGGAAGCACUGCUGGUGCCCGCUCUCCACUCCCGCUGGUCGCACCAGACCUGCUGGCCAUGCAGCUGCUCGACCAACACUCGCAGCUGCAGGCGCUGAUGAAGCAGCGGCUGUUCCAUCAGCAUCAUAUGCAGAAACAGCACUUAUCCUCGGAGGCUGCCAAGCGUCAGCUGGAGCAGUCGCGGCUGCAGGACCAGAUCAACCUGAACCUGCUGUCGCAGUCGCACCUGCCGCCUCCUGACGCUUCCCCUGGUUCCCUUCAGCAGCAGCUUGGCGCGCAGCAGCAACAGCUGGUCCAGCAGUUGCAGGCCGUGCAGCGCCAGUACCUCAUGCACGGGCCUCUCUCUGUGCCGCCUAAUGCUCCUCCAGGUCUUAUGCUGUGGGGGAGCGAGAUGGAAGAGCACCCGCUGUUCGGGCGCGGAGUUUGCAAGUGGCCCGGCUGCGAUGCGCUCGCUGAUGACUACCAGGCGUUCCUCAAACACCUGGAAGCAGCCCACACCCUCGACGAUAGAUCAGCCGCGCAGGCGCGCGUGCAGAUGCAAGUGGUCGCGCAGCUGGAGCUGCAACUGCGUCGAGAACGAGACCGUCUGGCAGCCAUGAUGCGGCACCUGCAUGCUGCUAGGGACUCGAGCCAUCACCAGCCGAAACACCCACAUGGGGCGCCCAAUGAAGGCACAUCACCCGGACCGGUCCGUCGCCGAGUCUCCGACAAGUCUGGUGUGGCUAUAGCUGGUGAAAUUCAGCGCAACCGCGAAUUUUAUAAAAGUGCAGACGUUCGGCCUCCGUUCACAUAUGCUUCGCUCAUUCGACAGGCCAUCAUAGAGUCUCCAGAUAAGCAGCUGACCCUCAAUGAGAUCUACAAUUGGUUCCAGUCAACCUUCUGCUACUUCCGACGCAAUGCUGCCACGUGGAAGAACGCCGUGCGUCACAACCUGUCGCUGCACAAGUGCUUCAUGCGCGUGGAGAACGUGAAGGGAGCGGUGUGGACGGUGGACGAGGUCGAGUUCUACAAGCGCCGGCCGCAGCGCGCUGCGCACGCGCCGCCGCCCAUCCACCAGGGGUUCAUGGGUGCACAGAGUCCUCCGAUGAUGACCAGCCCUCAUGGCUACAGUGAAGCUCUCAAAAGGAACCUUCAGGGUAUGAUGGAGGAAUGCAACCUGUCAUACAUGUCGAGCGAGGACCACAUGAUGCAAGGCGCUGAAGAAUAUCCCUCCUCCCAUGAUGAGUACAGCCGGCCGUCCAUGCUGAACGGCUACGGAGGCAGCAGCUCGCACGAGGUGAAGGCCGAAGACCUGAGCGGGGCCGACCAGGACAUCAAACCUAACAUAUACGCGCUCAAGAACGAGAUGCAGGCUUCCGACUACUCUAACAAAGACUAUACAAACUCCACAAAGGAGUCCUCAAGCAACCGCUCCGGUGAGACCAGCCCCUACGACGACUACCCGCGCCCCGAGGACCGGUACCGGCCCUCGGCCUCCCACAUAAAGGACGAGGCCGAAAACCUCUCACUCAACGAACAGAGAUCUGAUAAGUAAAAAGAAAGAGGUUGACAAGUAGUAGUGACUGGACAAUUUUGGUACCGGAUUUCGGCCUCACACAUAAAGGCCGAGGCCCUAAACCUCAGAGAAAUAAAAGUGAAGGUUGACAAGAACUAGUGAUGGACAAUUCUGGUUGCCGGCUGUUCUUGAAGCAAUAAUUAGGUUGCCGGCUAGUGUUUAGAAUUAUUAUCACAGUAUGUAAUACUUUAUACUUACGGGUGUAGUUCUAUUUCAAGUUAAAAGCGGUUGCGUGUAUGUGUUCAUUGUUGGAUUUUUAUAUUUAAAGAUCUCGGGAGGUUUUUAUAAGUUAGAAAGUAACCAAAUAUUUUUUUGUUUAAUUUUUAAACCGACCCGGUUUUAACGGGCUUUGAAGUAUUAUAGUUUAUAUUUUUUUCACCGCUAUGUUUUUACUUUUUUUAAGUUUCUAGGUAAGGUAAUUGAGAAAUUAGGUCCUCUAUUUAUAGGCUAAGUGUUAGGAAAUUUUAGACGAAACGAAUUGCGCUAAAUAAUCAAAAAAGUCAACGAUAAAAUAACCUUAAAAGGUCCAUAUCAAUAUUUAAAAAUAUUUAAUCAUUAUUUGUAAUAUACAAAUAAUACGAACAAUAAGUAGGUGUAUUGGACUGUUUAGAAAAACGUAAUGGUACAUAAAGUUUUAAUAUUAACGCUAAGCGUUUUGGUUCAUUAUAAAAGCUUACUUUGCAUUUUUCUUUUUUUUAAUUCAUGUGCUGUGUUUUACAUAGCCUCGUCGUGCCCAAUGUGAUUUUUAAAUGACAUACUUAUUAAAUUUUUAGCAAGUUAUGAAUAAAAAGCCUGAAUAGGUUGAGGUUACACUGAAAAUACUUUUUAGUGUUCCGUGCAAAACUUUGUUCACGGAACACUAUUAACCAAAGGAAAAGCAACUCUAUUUUCCUAACAAUUUGGUUUAAAUUUUAAUGGCUUAAACUGGCGGUGGGCAGGACGAGGAGAGACCAACUAUGUGAAACAAUUUUUGCGAAAAAAGACAAAAACUUUUUUUGGCGCUUCACGUCUGUAUUUUACCGCCGAUUUUCAAUAGUUUUUUAAAUAGUUUCAUUUCCGUGCUUGCUCAUCGCUUUACAAAAUAUUGUUGUACCUACGGAAUUGAUUUAUAAUAUGUUAAUUUAAGGAAAUGAUCUGAAGUUUUAUUUUUGUACCGCGCGGUACAUUUGUGCUUGCUUUAUUCCAAGGAAUUGUUUUUUUAGUUCAUAAACUAAGAGCUAUACUGCAAAACGUAAUUGAAAACCAAAAAAAGUAAGACAAUGUUGACACUGCAAUAAUUCGUUUGUAAAAUUGUAAAUUCGUUUUGAUAAAUAAUCACGCUAAGAUAAUUUAUUUAUUAGUAAUUUUAUUCCUACGAUUUAAAAAAGUACUUUUAGUUACUUAUUUUUACAUAAAUACAAGACGCGCUAGUAAAAAAGUGGCAACUUUCUUACUUUUUUUGGUCUUGAAUUACGUUUGUUUUUGUAGUUUAGGUUGUAAAUAUUUAUCAUGAUUGUCAUGAGUUGUAAAUUGUUAAAAAUGGUAAUUCUAGACGAGUGUAAACGUUUACUUAUUAAAUAUAUCUUAAUAUUGGAUAUUAAAUCGUUCAUGUUGUAGAAAAUUUAGAAAAACCUUAGUAGUAAAAAACUGUAAUUCGACAUUUAUAUUAGAUUUUUUUUCCGCUGUUGUGUUCUUGCAUUUUGUAUUUAUGCAUUUUGUCUCUGAUUUAUUAAAAAAUAUACUGUUUAUAAGAGUAAUGAAUACCUUAUUUUAUUCGUGUCUCUAAGGCUGCAUUUAUGCACACGUGGAGCGUUGAGCUAAAAAUUCUGUAAUAUGGGGUUGUAUAGGAGCGUUCAUACGCGAUAGCGUUUUAUUUAAAACUUACAUGCCGCUCCGCAUGUAUAUAAACGAGGCCUAAGGAGCGUUUGAAUUUGAGAUAAAAACCUAAGUAUGACGCAAACUUUCAGUGAAAAUCAUACUAAAGAUACCUUCUCUAGUUAUUUAUAAAUUCAAGAAGGGUUGAAUCAUAUCACGGUUAAGUAUGUAUACCUAUACUUAUAAUAUCUAGAACUGUAAUUCGAUGUGUAUGUAAAAUGUAUAUUCCAUUUUGCAAUAACUUGAAUAAGUAGUAAAAUAAAUGCAGGCACAUUUAAAAACAAAUUUUGUUUUGUAUAUUUUUAUGCAUUUUUUGGAGCAGUGAAGUACAAAAAACUUUUUUAUUUAUGUAAUUAAAAAGGGGGGUAUAGCACGCCUAACAGUUUUACUUUAAGACAAAUUUUAAGUUAGUCGCAUGCUCGCAUGAGCUCUGUUUUGGCAGUUGUGCUAUGUUUUUUUGACGCUAAUACUAUAUAUAUAUUGAUGUGACGUUCGUGGAAAACAAUAACUACUUAUUGUUGCUAUAUUUACCAGCAAUUUUGAUACAACGGACAUUUUUUAUUUAAGAACAAAAAAUCUUUACAUAAAUUGUGCAAUUUAAGUACAAAAAAUAUUACAUUUGUCAACAUACUAAGUACUUUUAAUACCUACCUAUCUAAUAUUUUUAUUAUAUCAAUUUUUAAUUGUACUUAUUUUAAGUGUGCUAUAACCGGAAUGAUAUAACGGUAACAUAUAACGUUAGUAUAUAACGAUAUAAGAAGGAUAUAAUUAUAAUGUUAAACGAGAAACAGUUUAUGUUAAACCUACCUUUGUAACAUUUUAUAACAUCAGAUAGGAAUAAUAAAAUUGACAAAUUGUAAUUAUAAUUCUCGCUUUGGCGCUUGAACCGGUAACAUUGAGUAGGAAGGCUUACUGCGUGUUAAGUUAACAAUGUCGAAAGUGUUGAAGUAAGAACUUGGAGCAGAAUAAAAGUAAUUAAUUGUACCCAGGACUUUGAUUCAUCACAAGUCCAUUGACUUGACAUUGACUUAUAGUACUGGCGUCAAAAUGAUACCCCCCAUAUUCACGCAGGAAUUGAUAUUUGUUGUUAUUUAUUCACAACACAUGUGUCGUUCCAAGCAAAACGUCCCACUUUGUCUGCCAUAAGGACGCUUAGACAGGUUAUUCGUAUAAAGAUACAAGCAAAUCACUCAAAUCAGGCUCUUAUUGUAAAGCGACGAAGUGGGACCUUUGAAUAGACUUCGACACAAUAAAUUGAGAAUAAACACAUAGCUGAAAUAAAACCCGUUUCAUAAUUUCGGUUGUGAUCUGUGUAUACCUACAUAAACUAUCGACCAUUUUUACAUUAUUUUUCUAUUCGUAUACAUUUAUCUGAUUGUUGAUGGCAGGGUAUUUUUAUUUCAUACUUUGUCUCUUGUUUUGAGUUGUUAUGUAUGUGUGAUUCUCAAUUUAUCCCAAGUACCUAAACACCGGCCGUGCUGGCCUAGCGUACCUACAUUAAAAUUGAUCAUUGUAAAUUAUACUUAAUUAGUGUUGUAUUAAACGAAAUCAUUACAAUUAA